AUGUUAGAAAAAAGAAAAGACAAAGGAGGAAAAAGGGAACAUUCAUUGUCAAUUGAGAAGGCCCAUUGUGCUGUUCUACAUACAGGUAACUACGGAGUAGUACCUAAGGUAAUUACCCAGACGCUAAGACCCCAGGAACCAGUUAUUGAUAUUACCAUGGCGGGGACAAGAAACUAUGAUUUCUUGAUCAAGUUGUUACUCAUUGGUGAUUCUGGUGUAGGCAAAUCAUGCUGCCUGCUCCGCUUCAGUGAGGACUCCUUCACACCAUCGUUCAUUACUACCAUCGGGAUCGACUUUAAAAUCCGCACAAUUGAACUGGAUGGUAAGCGUGUGAAGCUGCAAAUAUGGGAUACUGCAGGGCAAGAGAGAUUCAGAACCAUCACAACUGCCUAUUAUAGAGGAGCAAUGGGCAUACUCCUUGUGUAUGAUGUCACAGACGAACGUUCGUUUAACAUGCUGAUCAGGGUUUAUUCUCAAGACAUCCGGACCUGGUUCUCAAAUGUCGAGCAGCACGCAAGCGAGGGCGUUCACAAAAUUCUUAUCGGCAACAAAUGUGACUGGGAAGAAAAGCGAGCAGUGUCAACUGAACAAGGUCAGCGGCUCGCUGAUGAGCUUGGUAUCCCUUUUCUCGAAGUCUCAGCCAAGAAUAAUAUCAAUGUCGACAAGGCUUUCUACAGUCUCGCCUCGGAAAUCAAGAAGGUCAUGGAUACGUCAAAAUCGGAACAAGCUGGCGCUCAGGGAGUCAGUAUAGAUCAGCAUGGCAGUGGCGCGAACGGCAAUUUCGGGGGCAAGUGCUGUUGA